UUUGCCACCCCAGGACGUUGAAACAUUGAAGGCUGACUUUUCCGCUGCUUUUUUCGCAUCACGCUCUUUUCGAACUGCUUCGUACUCCUGCAAAUCGUCCAAACGCAGAUCGAUCCUCGUCGGACUACGCCUUAUCAUUGUUUCUGAAAAAUACAUUGCAUUUAUUAAUUCAAGUGUGACGUUCGAGAACUGCAGUUUCGGACGCUUCUGAGCUGCUCAAUACGAAUUUGCAGACCAUAAAUAUCGGCCACCCUCAAUUUGCAGUGUUUUCUUGUUAAACUACUUGGAAAACGGUGCAUUUGUGCAUCCAAAAAUAAGUAAAUCGAAUGACAAUAACGUUAAGAGUAUUUAUCACCGAGGGAAGUUACAGGGUUGCAGCUGCUUCGUUAAAAAAUGUUAGAGAUUUGUAAGAAAUGAAAAUUGACAACUGGACAACGAAAUAAAUGCACGUUUGUUUCUGAAAAUCAAUAAUUCGUUAUCCCGCUUCGAUCGAUUUUUAUUUAAACAAUUUAACUGCACGAUUUGUAGGUUCAAUUUUGACACGAAUAAAAUUUCGUAGGAAAACCCGUCAGAAUUAUUCAGAAUGCAAUGAAAAAUUGAAAAAAAAACGAAUUUCUGGUAAAUAAUUAUUAUUUUUACUUAUUUUCAAUCAUAAUAAUGUUGAACCGUUUUAUCAACUACCGUAGUCGAGGAAUAUUCGAAUAGAAUGUUUUUGAUAUUUAAACGCAUCACGGUUAAUUGUUGUUGAACUUCAAAAUGAUGCCAAAUAUUCGUUCAAGUACAUUCCCGGUUAAUUUAAUUUUCUGAAGUAAAAAUUCUAAAAUUUUUCUUGAAUGCGGUUUCAAAAGGGAACCCGUAAAAUACGCUCCUGAGCCGACACCAACAUGGAGGACGUCAGUCAAAUAGACAAAUGCGUGCAAUAUCUGACGAAUUAUGAAUUAAAUAAUCAAUGAAAAUCUGUUGAUAUUUUAGCCUCUAUUUAAUAAGAAUAAAUUUUAUUAUUAAGACGAUAGAAUAGUUGAACGGAUGCCACAGCAGUAUAAAAUCGAUAUUAGGAACCAAAAAAAUGUUGCGGUCCAAGUGAGCAUUUUAAGUCGCUGUAAACACGCAUUCGAUCGCAUCGUCUGUAUUUUUUCAUUAUAUUUCACACUAAAACGCCAACCCACCUUCGUUUUAUUGUAUAUAUUAGGAUUACUAAGAUAGCCGCUAAGUACGAGACCAAGGGAAAGGAUGCUUUACUUGGAAGAUUAUGUCGAAAUGAUCGAACACCUCCCGCAAGAAUUGAGGGACCGUUUCACAGAAAUGAGAGAAAUGGACUUGGGUGUACAGAAUUCGGUGGAUAGCUUGGAGAAAAAAGUCAAGACUUUCUUCUGUAAUGCAAAAAAAAUGAAAUCCAGUGAAAAAGAGGCGGAAUACGAAGCGAUUAGGAAAGAGUAUUAUAAAACGCUGGAGGAUGCGGAUGAAAAAGUACAUCUUGCAAAUCAGAUGUACGAUCUAGUCGAUAGGUAUUUGAGGAGAUUAGAUCAAGAGCUGCAUAAAUUCAAAAUGGAACUGGAGGCCGACAACAAGGGAAUUACCGAAAUUUUAGAAAAAAGAUCUUUGGAAUUAGAUCAACCGCCUACAAAUAGCAGUCAAAAAGAAAAUCGCUAUAGUUUUACUUCGAGUAGAUCUCGGGACAAUCAUAGUCAUUCACGAGGGGAAAAGCGAAGAGACUCGAACGCGUCAUCGGCUUCGGUUGAGAAGCGAUUAGCAGUAGAAAAAGUACCAUCGAAUCUUCCAGAAUCUCGACCGGCGUCGGCAAAUUCAGGGCCGAUAAUACCUCCCGCGAAUUUACCCCCGACACCAACGGCGAUUGCGAAUUCGGUUGGUUCGGUCAGUUACAAUUUAGGUCAUAUCGGAGUUUCGGGUGGUAACGCGAUAGCAGCGGCCGCGUCUCAGGCGAUAGCGGCUACGCAGCACAUGCAACAGGGUCGUCGAACAGCGAGUCUCAAGGCCAGUUACGAAGCGAUCAAUAUAGGAGUCCACGCUUCGGAGUUCAGUAGAGAAUUGGCUGGUGCGGCGCAAACAGCGAUCGCGGCGAUUCAGGAAACGACAAAGAAGCACAAAAAAAAAGUCACUACUGCCGCUCCGAGCUCGAGUGUCGUUAGUACGACGAUACAACAACCGGCUUCGCCACCUGUCGCUACAGCUACAACCGCUAUCACCGAUCCCGACAAUCCCGAUUGGACUUACGAUCCUAACGAACCUAGAUAUUGCAUAUGCAAUCAAGUAUCUUACGGUGAUAUGGUCGCCUGUGACAAUUCUGAUUGUCCGUUCGAGUGGUUCCACUAUCCAUGCGUGGGAAUAACGGCUCCGCCGAAAGGCAAAUGGUACUGUCCUCAAUGUACAUCUUCUAUGAAGAGGCGAGGAGGGCGAAAGAACUGAUUCGAUUAAGCCACAAAUCGAAACUGUAUUGAAACGAGGGUUAUUAUUUUGAGAUCUCGCCAUUCCAGCAGCUGGUUUUCUGCUCCACGCGUUUUUCCGACCACGAAAAUGUCUCGCUCGCGUUCCGUCACAGAACCGAAUCGUUCGACAGUUUUUAUUUACCAAACUAUCCGGAGGGGCAGCCAUUAGUUCAAAAUGAUCGAGUGUUCGUGCAAACCUUACGUCCCGCAGGCCAUCGACGUACAUUCAGCACCUUGGAAAACGACCUACCAACGUUCAUACUUUGCUGACAACGCGGUCUAUCAUCCGCUCGUGAACAUACGUACCAAGACGCGCCCUCAAGACGAUGAGAAAUUCCAAAAAUUUUCCGAUCUCGAACCACUCCGGAGUAACAGUCAACGAACCUUUGUACCUAAAUAUUUACAGAAUUCUACUUCCACCGACUAUUAUCGAAGAAUCGGAUUCAUCUCUAAAGACACUCUCAAGGAUUUGCACGAUAAAUACGUUGCAGAUCCACCGAGACCGCUGAAAACCGGUCCCUCCGCUUAUGGUAUUGGCUUUUUACAUUUGUUCGCUGCUCGUUCUCAAACCUUGUUGAAACGAGAAAAAAAAUCGUUUUUUCUGCACAGAAAAUUAUUUGCUUAUUAAAUAUUCACAUUUCGUUACGAAGAAUGUCUUUACGAGUCUCUUAAAUGUGAAAAAAUUUGGAGUAAUGAACUAAAUAUUUUAAUACUCCUCACCAGGAAAUAAAAUUCAUUGAAAUUUGUAUCAAUUAUCAAAGGUUCGUCGUAUGUUUUACCGCAAAAACCGAGAGAAGAAACACAAUGGCCACGACUGAGUCCCGCCGAAGAAUUUACCCUCCACAUUCCUAAUCACUCUAAAGAAUGUUACAAAAUUUUCCCACCGAUUACAUCGGGCUACACGAAACAUUUGGACAUAUAUUUAACAACUACGCAGGGGACCCACUGUGACUUCACUCCUGAGCAGCGCAGAAACGCCCUUAGACGAGACGUAAUCAUUAUAAUAAUUUUCAAAUUAUUAAACAGUCUCGUUUUCAGGACACGUCAGAUUUGCUGAAACGUCGUGACCUCGGUUCACAGAAAUUGGGACCUUACGGCCCAUAUUUCCAUCGAGAUGCUCGAGAGAAGAAUUAUAAAAUCAAAUUCACCCCGAGCGUUCCAUUCUUUGGGACAACGAGCACUUAUAAGGCUGCUUACGAUUUCGUUCCUACGAACUUAAUGGCCCGAGAGGGAGACGUUAAUUAUCCGCCUGCCUGGAAAGCCAUCGACAAUCCUAAUUAUUACACCGAGCAACGUCACAUGGGAACUGGCUGGCCGGUUCGAGCAGUGUUGGACAUCGGUACCGUGCCUGGCACUCAUUAAAAUUUUCAUGUUUAUCGAUUUGUACGAGAAUUCAAGGAGAAAAUAAUAAAAUUUUACGGCCCUCGUA